AUGCCGGUGUCAGAGCUCGGACGUGGAGAGUGGUUGUCGCGGCGACGGGAGGUGGGCGGAGGAACACUUGUGGAACAGCCUGUUCUGAUUGAGACACACCGCUGUGCACGGCCGGGGUCUGGUCCCGUCUCUCGGCUCCAAAUGGAAGCCGGUGUUUGUCUCAUGAAAGAACAGAACCGCUCUCACGGCACGUCUCAGAGCCGUCUGUCCUUUGAGCAUAAUUUAUGGCGCCCCUGCUGGUUCAAACGUGCGCUGCGGAACAAAUCAAGACGCAGCCAGGUAGCAGUGUUCGUCCCCACACUUCAAAGGCCGGCCCCUCACUGA